UGGAGUGAGUGAGCUGAAAAGAAUUACUGGAAAAGAAAGAAGAAAAAGGCAAAGAAGUGAGUAAAGAAAGAAUGAAAAUCUGUGAUCCUCGUGCAUACCAACAACAUCAUCCCCUCCACUUCAACCACUCCUCCUCCGACGUCGUUUCAUCCUCUUCCUCCUCUUGAAUGAAUGGGCAACUGCGGUACUAGAGAAGAAUCCGCCGUCGUUUCCAAUGCUCAAGUUCAGCAUCUACCUGCCGGAGCUAGAAACCAAACCUCCCUUUCCGGCACCGGCGAGAGGAAAAACAGCAGUCUACGUCAUCAUCUAACCGAUUCUGCAUCAGAUCUAAGCGAGACUUGUUCAACGCCGCGGUGGAACAACGCGAACAAUAACAAUACGCUUUUAUACACUCAUGUUAUAGCUUUCACGCUCUAUGAGCUUGAAACUAUAACGAAGAGUUUUCGUGCUGAUUAUAUUCUUGGUGAAGGAGGGUUUGGUACUGUUUAUAAAGGCUACAUUGAUGAGAAUGUUAGAGUUGGACUUAAAUCGCUUCCGGUUGCGGUUAAAGUUUUGAAUAAAGAAGGUCUUCAAGGACAUAGAGAGUGGCUUACGGAGGUGAAUUUUCUUGGGCAGUUAAGGCAUCCGAAUCUUGUCAAGUUGAUUGGUUAUUGCUGUGAAGAUGAUCAUAGGCUGCUUGUUUAUGAGUUUAUGUUUCGAGGGAGUUUGGAGAAUCAUUUAUUCCGAAAAGCAACUGUUCCUUUAACAUGGGCUACAAGAAUGAUGAUUGCACUUGGUGCUGCAAAAGGACUUGCUUUUCUCCAUAAUGCUGAAAGGCCAGUAAUUUAUCGUGACUUCAAGACGUCUAAUAUAUUGUUGGACUCUGACUAUACAGCCAAGCUUUCUGAUUUUGGGUUGGCUAAAGCAGGGCCUCAAGGCGAUGAAACCCAUGUAUCCACCCGAGUCAUGGGUACAUACGGCUAUGCUGCCCCAGAAUAUGUAAUGACUGGUCACCUAACAGCUAGGAGUGAUGUAUAUAGCUUCGGGGUUGUUCUUUUGGAGCUUUUAACAGGAAGGAAGUCCGUUGACAAAACCAGACCGGGUAAGGAACAAAGUUUGGUAGAUUGGGCACGUCCAAAGCUCAAUGAUAAGCGAAAGCUCCUACAAAUAAUCGAUCCAAGAUUGGAAAAUCAAUAUUCAGUGAGGGCAGCACAGAAAGCAUGUAGUCUGGCUUACUACUGUUUGAGUCAAAAUCCCAAAGCAAGGCCGCUAAUGAGUGAUGUAGUCGAGACAUUAGAACCCUUACAAAGUUCUAGUGUUGGUGCAGACGAAGUCUCAUUAUCAGGAUCAAAUAGUGGGAGUAGCGGUCCUUUUGCUAUGAAUAAAAUCUCUGACUACCGGAUGCGUCACAAGUUUUCAAACAACGUUGGUCCAGGUGCAACUUGUCGGUCUCCAAACCCAAAUUGCUCACCAGGUGGUGCUCCUGCAGCAUUACGGGUCAGAUGAUAAUUUCAUGCUAUGAAUCUCCAUCUGGUGUGCUACUUGUCAAAAAAUAGUAUUUUCUGUUAAAAAUGCGGGUUUCACCCUUGUAGUUGUUGCUUUGUAAAUGAUAUAUUAUGGUGACAAGAAGCCCUAGUUGAUGAUUUUUGUAUCAAUGUUUGGUAUUCUGUUAAUUUUGGUGGGAAUUAUUGUUUGCUGAAAUUUCUGUGUAGUUGUAAUCAUGGUGGCAUCAGAACUAAUAUGGUUCCACACAAAAGGUGCAUAAGCCUGAAAGUCUAUUGGUUUUUUUGAUUGUUAGGUAGACUGGGUGUGCAAGAGUCUUGUACUCUUGUCAUGUUUUAACAAUCUUAUACCCAUUUAGAUUGACUGAAUUAUGCUCUGCUUUUUUCAAGUGUCUAUCUGUUUUUUAAA